AUGACCGGCCGAGGCGGUGGAGCUGCUCGCAAGACCUUGCUUGCCCCCAUUCACUUCAUCUUCAAGCUCCUUCAGCAAAGAUCGACGGUGUCUGUGUGGCUUUAUGAACAGUUGGCCUUCCGGAUAGAGGGCAAGAUCCGGGGAUUCGAUGAGUUCAUGAAUUUGGUGAUUGACGAUGCGGUCGAGGUCCGACUAGCUACGAAGACGGAGGAGGAGAAGCGCCGACCGCUCGGCCAGAUUUUGCUCAAGGGUGACAACGUGUCGCUGAUCCAGGCGGUUUGA